ACGAAAUCCCAUAUGGCGUUCGAUAAUACCUUGUCUGUGAUACAAGGUCCGGUGUUCUGUUAGUCCGGUAAAUCCAAAACAAUUUCGGUUAGUAUUUAGAAACACAUCAAAAUUAUGGCAAGUUUAUUGGAUCUCUGUGAACAGUACUUCGGUGCGCGCGAUUUCUACGAGGUUCUCAAAAUUUCAAGAACCGCUAACGAUAAACAAGUGAAGAAAGCGUAUCAUCAGCUGUCUCUACUCGUACAUCCUGAUCGCGUCGAGGAAGAUGUCAAGGCAGAGGCGACAGAAAAAUUCAAAGUUCUCGGACGAAUUCAUUCUAUUCUCAGCGACAGUGAGAAACGCAAGAUCUACGAUCAGUCGGGUCAAUAUGACGAAGAAAGCGAAGAAAUGAUGAUGAGGAACUGGGCGGACUAUUGGAAAACGCUUUUCAAAAAAAUCACCGUGGAGGAUAUAAACAACUAUGAAAAAAAUUACAAAGGAUCCGAAAUAGAAAUUAAGGACCUGAAACGUGCUUACAUGGACAGCGAGGGAGAUAUGGACUACAUCUUAGAAACCGUGCCAUUCACCAGCUGCGACGACGAACCGAGGCUACACGAUAUUAUCCAAGGCCUCAUAGAGAAGGGCGAAGUACCAGAAUUCAAGGCUUUCACGGAAGAAAGCGAAAAGAAGAAGCUGCGCAGGAAACGCAAGUAGAUAGUACUCCUUCAUGAUUGGAAGUAGUAGCAGUAGGAGGUGGUCUAGUAGUACGAAGAUCGGAGAAGGGGGGAGUACUAGUAAAUAAGU